AUGGCGCUCUCCAGGUCCCUUUUCCACCUCAAGUCCCUAAAACCCUACCAGCUCCGCCUCUGUCACCGGCUGCCGUCCUCCUUCUUCGCCAUCCGCCUCCUCUCGUUCGCCACGCCAGAGGAGGCUGCGGCCGAGCGCCGCCGCCGCAAGCGCCGCCUGCGCAUCGAGCCGCCUAUCUCCCCGGUCCGCCACUCGCAGUCUCCGCCACCGCAUCAGCGGGUUCCUAACCCUAGGAACCCUGCUGCGACUAAUCCCAAUGCCCCCAAGCUCCCCGAGACGGCGGCGGUGCUCACCGGCAAGCGGCUCGAGCUCCACAACAAUAUUCUCAAACUGAUCAGGGAGAAUGACCUUGAGGAGGCCUCUCUCCUCGUCCGUCAUUCGAUCUACUCUAAUUGCCGCCCCACGGUCUUCACCUGCAACGCCGUUCUCUCUGCCCUCAUCCGCCAGUCCCGCUACCCCGACAUGCUCUCGUUGCACCGCUUCAUUACCCAGGCCGGUGUGGUCCCGACCGUCGUCACCCACAACCUACUUCUCCAGGUCUACUGCGACUGCCGCAAGACCGACACUGCCCUCGAGCACUACCGGCUACUCGUCAAUGACGCGCCCUACAACCCUUCUCCCACCACGUACAGGAUUCUGGUGAAGGGCCUUGUGGAUAACUCCAAGGUCGAUCGCGCAGUGGAGCUCAAGGACGAUAUGCUCGCCAAAGGUGUGUGCCCCGCAGACCCUGUAGUGUACAAUCUUCUGAUGUCUGGUUUCAUCAAGAACGGAGACCCAGACAAGGCGCUGGAGUUGUACUCAGAAUUGAAGGAAAAAUUGGGGGGAGGAGCUAUCGACGAUGGUGUCAUCUACGGGAAUCUCAUGAAGGGCUACUUCAACAAAGAAAUGGAGAAGGAAGCCAUGGAUAUCUAUGAUGAAGUUCUGGGGCCUGAGUCUACUGUUAGAUUUGGGGCAGCGAGCUACAAUUCAGUCUUGGAUGCAUUAAGCAAGAACAGAAAAUACGACGAUUCGACAAGGCUUUUUGAUCGGAUGAUGUCCGAGCACAACCCGCCAUUGAAGAUUACAGUAAAUGUUGGGAGUUUCAAUGUCAUGGUGGAUGGUUUCUGUGCCCAGGGAAAGUUUGAUGAGGCGAUUGAGUUAUUCGGGAAGAUGGGUGACAUGAAAUGUACCCCAGAUACGUUGUCCUAUAACAACUUGAUCGAGCAGCUCGGAAGGAACACGAAGAUUUCAGAGGCAGAGCUUCUCUACCGGGAGAUGGGCGAGAAGGGGAUCACCCAAGAUGAGUACACAUAUGUUCUUUUGGUGGAGGCAUGUUUCCGAGUUAGUAGGGUGGAUGAUGCCACAGGAUACUUCGAGAAGAUGAUCGAAGCGGGACUGAGGCCUAAUGCAGCUGCAUACAACAAGAUGAUCGAGGGAAUGGUAAACGCAGGGAGAGUGGAUGAAGCAAAGGGAUUCUUUGAUAAGAUGGUAGAGAAGGAGGUGAAGCCAGAUGUUACUAGUUAUGAUCUGCUGUUGAAGAAAUAUUGUGAGAUGGGUAGGUUGGAGGAUGCACUAAGAACUGUCAAAGAUAUAGUUUUGGACGACAAUGUGUCUCUGUCUGAAGAGAUGAAGGAGAUGGUCGUAGAGUCUCUUAGGAAGGAAGGCAGGGAAGAGGAGCUAAACAAGGUUCUUGAAGAAGCAGAGAGGGAAAAGGCUGAGGCACUGGCCAGGGCAGCAGAGGAGAAGGCAAGAGCUGAAGCUGCAGCAAAGGCGGAGGAAGAGAGAAAGAAGGCCGAGGCCAAGGCUAAGGAGGAGGCAGCCAAAAGGGCAACCCAAGCUGCCAUUGAGGCUGUUCUUGGAAAGAAAAAUGCAUCUGCUAGCAAUGAAGAACAGGCCGAGGUAAGCCCGUCUUUGAACGAGGCUGAUCCUUCAAAUGGCAGCACAGAUUUGUCGAGCGACAAAGGGCCAGUUGGGGACAUCAAUUCUGAUGCACAGUUGACUGCCUGA